AUGUCAAAUCAAAUCUCACUUUGUCGAAUCCAGGAAACCUAUUUGCAAGCUUUCAUGGAUCAAACAGCGCAAAACCGACGACCAGGACGACCUCGAAUUUAUAUUAAUGACGCUGAACGCCAAAGGAGUCACCGCCUUAGAGAGACUUCACAGCAGCGCAGUAUCCGUUGGCAAGCAAACGCAGAGCAACAACGACGGAGGCGACAGAACGAAAACGAGGAGCAACGUUUGGUCAGACGCUCAGCUAAUGCAGCGCUUCAGGAAAAUAGACGCCAAAGCGAAGACGUUGAAGAGCGUUUUGCUCGGCAGAUGGCAAGUGCAGACCGCCAGCAAAGAAGACGCCAAAGUGAGAACGAUGGCCAGCGGUCUGCAAGACUACUGGAGAACUCACAACGCCAGCAAAGGAGACGCCUAAGUGAGAACGAUGAACAGGGAUCUGCAAGACUUCUGGGGAACUCACAACGCCAGCAAAGGAGACGCCAAAGUGAGAACGAUGAACAGCGGUCUGCAAGACUACUGGAGGACUCACAACGCCAGCAAAGGAGACGCCAAAGUGAGAACGAUGAACAGCGGUCUGCAAGACUACUGGGGAACUCACAACGCCAGUAA